GACGGAAUAGGACAAACGCCGCUCACUCUAGCACUUCACAAGUCGCACAACGCUGCAGCACAUUUUCUCAUUGAAAUUGGAUUGGUAUUGCAACAAGAGUAUUUUAAAAACACUGUUUGUCCACUUGAUAUUGUGAAGACGAAAGACAACAUAACAAUGACACAACACAUUGAAAGAAAGUUAUCUGAAGUUGAAAUUAUCAAGAAACAUGUUUCGUCAUGUUUUCACAGACUAGUAGGUGACCCAAACCAAACGAUGGAAGUAGACCCCAUUGAACAGGAUAAUGCAUUUUCACAGGCCCUAAAUAUUAACGUUGGAGAUCAAAAGAACACUGUUACUAUGUAA